AUGAAAAUACUUUAAGUACAGAGAUAUAGAUUUAUAUUGAAUUUAGAAUUUCUAUAUGCAUUUGAGAAACCAGCAAUCUGUAAUAAAAAUAUUGCGAGUUGUCGUAAUAAUUCUGCAAGAUUGUCAGCCUUUGAUUUAAUGAAUGUAAGUAGUAAUAAAGCUAAUGAAAAAAAAACAUUCUCGAUUGCUUUAAACUAUUUUAAAAACGAAGAGAGAAAAACAAUCACUAAGAGAUAAUCAGAGAACCUUUAUGGAUUUUCAAAGGUAUCGUCUAAAAUUAAAUGA